UUAGUGGGAAGAAAAGAGAGCAGAGCAAAAGGCUGUCUCUUCAUUCUUUCCACUUCGGUGCCCACUGGUCGUCACGGAAAUGAUGAGAUUCCUGAACAAAACAACAUGAAGAUCCCAUUCAGCCUAUCUCUUCCAUCCCCCUCUGUUUUUCCACCCCAACACCCCCACUACACCACACCAUGAUUCCUCCACCCUUCCUCCCCCCUCUGUCCAUCCUCCCUUCCCUCUGCUGACCUCCUCCUCCUCCUUUUCCCCUAUAUUCCCACACCUUUUCUUCACAAUUUCCAUCUCCCUCUCUCAUGAAAUCACCAUCGCAUUCGUUUCUCAUGCUUUUCUUUUUCUUCUUUGCUGUCACUGCCAUUGCCUGUUGUCAGGCUGACAGGCAGGCUGUGCUGCUCAUGGACUUCAAGAAAACUCUCAUCGAUGAGAACAACCACCUCAAUGACUGGAACUCCAGCCUCUCAAAUCCUUGCUCCUGGAUUGGCAUUGGAUGUUUGCAUUCUGAGGUGACCUCCAUCAACCUCUCUGGUUUCAAUCUUUCUGGUACUUUGUCUGGUUCCAUUUGCGGUCUUCCCUUGAUUGCCAUCUUCAAUAUCUCCAAGAACUCCAUUUCUGGCCCUAUUUCUGUAGAACUUGCUGGUUGUAGAAAUCUUGAGGUUCUUGAUCUGAGCACCAAUUGGCUCCAUGGGAUUAUCGCUCCUGAGCUCUGUCAGUUGGCUUCUCUGAGGAAGCUUUAUCUCAGUGAGAACUUCUUGUAUGGUGAGAUCCCUGAUGCAAUUGGCAAUUUGGCAUUGCUCCAAGAGCUUGUCAUUUAUAGUAAUAAUCUGACGGGUGGGAUUCCGCAGUCCAUAGGCGGAAUGAAGGAGCUCAGGAUUAUUCGGGCUGGCCUUAAUAACCUCUCGGGUCCAAUGCCAGUUGAGAUUAGUGAUUGCCAAAGUAUGGAGAUUCUUGGGCUUGCACAGAACAGGUUGGAAGGGACUCUUCCCAGAGAGAUUGGGAAGCUGAAGAAUCUGACUACAUUGAUUCUUUGGCAGAACCGUUUCUAUGGGGAAAUUCCUUCAGAGUUGGGGAAUUGUACUAGUUUAGAGAUGCUUGCCCUGAAUGACAAUUGUUUUAAUGGUAGCAUUCCUAAGGAAAUUGGCAGAUUGACCCUGCUCAAAAAGUUGUAUCUUUACACCAAUCAGUUGGAUGGAAGCAUUCCUGAGGAGCUAGGGAAUUGCAAGAAUGCAGUGGAAAUUGAUUUCUCUGAGAAUCAUUUGACAGGGUCUAUCCCAAGGGAGCUUGGCUACAUACAGAGCCUUCAAUUGCUUCAUCUUUUUGAGAAUCGCCUUCAGGGUGGUAUUCCCAGAGAGCUCGGCCGGUUGAGCAAGUUGAGAAGAAUUGAUUUAUCUAUCAAUAACUUAACUGGUGAAAUCCCAACAGAGUUUCAAAACCAGGCUUCGCUGGAGUACUUCCAGUUGUUCAACAACAGUCUCCAUGGGGUCAUUCCUCCUCUUCUGGGGACCAAGAGCAACCUCACUGUCCUUGAUGUUUCUAAUAACAAUCUCUCUGGUUACAUUCCUGCUCAUCUCUGCAAGUAUCAGAAGUUAAUCUAUUUGAGUCUUGGAAAUAAUAAUCUUCUUGGUAAUAUUCCAUUUGGGGUGAAAACCUGCAAGUCCCUUGUUCAGCUACGUCUAGGGAACAAUCAGUUGACAGGGAGCCUCCCUGUUGAAUUAUCUUCUCUUCAAAACUUGACGUCAUUGGAAAUGCAUCAUAAUAAAUUCUCUGGUCCUCUUGCUCCUGAAAUAGGCAAGCUCAAAAUCAUCGAAAGGCUACUACUGUCGACAAAUUACUUUAUUGGGCAGAUUCCUCCAGAAAUCGGAGGACUAGCAGAACUUCACGAUUUCAACAUUUCAUCCAACCAAUUUUCAGGUGGUAUACCUCCAGAGCUGGCAAACUGUACAAAGCUCCUGUUACUUGACCUUAGCAGGAAUUAUUUGACUGGAGAGGUUCCACCAGAGCUUGGCAGUUUAGUCAAUUUAGGACGGCUUGGAUUAUCUGAUAACAAUCUGAAGGGCACCAUUCCAAAUUCUCUAGGAAGCCUCAUUCGUCUUACUGAACUGCAGAUGGGUGGAAAUAAUUUCUCUGGCCGCAUCCCUGUCGAACUUGGGCGGCUUAAUGCACUGCAAAUUGCUCUUAACAUCAGCUUCAAUGCCCUCUCUGGAGAGAUACCAACCGAGCUGGGAAACUUGCAAAUGUUGGAAUCAUUGUUCUUGAAUAACAAUCAACUAGAUGGAGAAGUACCUGCUUCAUUUGGUUUGAUGUCAAGCCUCUUCAUUUGCAACCUCUCUUACAAUCACCUUGUUGGGACAUUACCCAGUACCCAGGUAUUCCAAAGGAUGGACAGCAGCAACUUUCUCGGACUUGAUGGCCUGUGUGGAACUGGUACGAAAGCUUGUCAGCCUUCACCUACAUCAACUGGAGUGGAAAGAGAUGAUACAAAGCAGAAAAUAAUCAUCAUUGUUUGUGUGGUUGUUGGAAUAGUUGCUCUAGCUCUUACUGUGGGAAUUUCCUUGUCUUUAAAGCGACAACUCCCAAUUCUUGUUUCUUCUGACAAUCGAAAAGGUGAUUUCUCUGAUUUCUACUACUCUCCCAAGGAGGGGAUCAGAUAUCAGGAGCUUCUUAAAGCGACUGGCAAUUUCUCUGAGAGUGCCAUUAUAGGAAGAGGUGCCUGUGGGACAGUUUACAAGGCUGUAAUGUCUGAUGGAAGUAUUAUUGCUGUCAAGAAGUUGAAGCCCCAUGGAGAGGGUUCUAGUGCAGACAGCAGCUUCCGUGCUGAGAUAUCAACCCUUGGGAAUAUUAGACACAGGAAUAUUGUCAAGCUCUAUGGUUUCUGUUAUCAUCAGGAUUCUAAUCUUAUAUUGUAUGAAUAUAUGGCAAAUGGAAGUCUUGGAGAAAUGCUCCACAGAAAUCAGGAUACAUGCAUUCUUGACUGGGACACUCGCUAUAGGAUUGCUCUUGGAGCUGCUGAAGGUCUUUGCUAUCUUCAUUCUGCCUGCAAACCUCAGAUAAUACAUCGUGAUAUAAAAUCAAAUAAUAUUCUGUUAGAUGAAUCUAUGGAAGCUCACGUAGGGGACUUUGGCCUGGCAAAAUUGAUUGACUUUUCGCAAUCCAAAACCAUGUCUGCAGUUGCUGGUUCAUAUGGAUAUAUUGCCCCAGAGUAUGCCUUCACCAUGAAAGUUACAGAAAAGUGUGACAUCUACAGUUUUGGGGUUGUUCUAUUGGAACUGAUAACUGGGCGGUCGCCAAUUCAGCCUUUAGACCAAGGAGGGGACCUGGUCAAUUGGGUGAGAAGAUCAAUACAGCAAAGUCCUUCACCAUCUAGUAUUUUUGAUGCCCGACUGGAUUUAAGCUCAAGGAGUACAGUGGAUGAAAUGUCUUUGUUUCUUAAAAUUGCAUUGUUUUGCACUAGUGAAUCCCCAGUUGACAGGCCAACCAUGAAAGAAGUAAUAGCAAUGAUGAUUGAUGUCAGGGAAUCAACGAGUAUUUCUCCUUCUUCUCCAACUUCAGAAACCCCUUUAGAUGAAAGUGCUUCUUCCAAAGAAUAAACUCAAUGGCGGGCGUGUACAGGAUGACAGUACGAGUGGGGUAUUCGAUAUCAUUUCUUUCUGUUGUAGUGACUUAAGCAAGUAAGUUGGCUUUCAACUAUACAUGGGAGCUCCAGGAACUGACAUUAUGGAAUGGUAGAUCAAGGUUGCUGAAAAAAAUAAACUCCAAGCAAGGCCAGGAGCAAGGGCCCGCUUCUCGUAAACUGUUAGAAGUUUACUACUCUGUUGCCUAAUCCCAUGAAUUCUGUUCUUCGGGUUGGAUAUUUAAAUAAUUUUAUCCGUGAUUUUUCUCAAAUUAAUUGACUCAAUUCAUCUUCACAUUUGGCUAUCAUGCUUGUUUUCUGCACUGGCCAUGUGAUUGUGUCAAUUCAAACAAACGCAGCCUCUUUAUUGAAAAUAUUUGAAUGUAUAAUGAUAAUAUGUUAAUAUAUGACAUGCUCAUGACUCAAGUGGCAUUGCUCACUUUAAUAGAUGAUAAUCUGAUGAUUCAGU